AUGGAUUUGCUGCGGCCUGCCAUCGGUCCGCUGCAAGGUGUGUUUGAGGGGAUACAGGACGAGAGCCAAGGACUGAGGGAGGUCUUCUCGGGCGUUGCAAGCUUCUUGCGGGCGGCGUUCGAGUACGCCUUCCAAAGGCCUCAGGGCCUCCUGACUGGGCAGGCGCUGCCUCCAGGGCUCAUGUCUGACACAGCAACUUCGCAGGCCCGACCACUUCGAAGCCUGGUGCAGACUCUGUCAGAUCUGCCGAUCCGCGAGGACCUUCCAUUCGUCGUUGGCGAGACGGAUAUGGACAGCACUCUUUUCCUGGAGGUCGCGUCGGUCCUCUACUACAUGGAGUUCUCUCGCAAGCCAGCUCCAUGGUCAGCUGACACACAGGAGAAGCCAGGACGUGGGCAUGUGCCAUUGUCUGUUAUGUGUACACCUGCGUGCAGGGAGGUGUUGUUUCUGACCAGCAGGACAGCGACUGCUGAUCUGAAUAGCUUUCUCGAGAGAUGGGCAGAGAGCCACCUGCUGGAGGACCUGAUCGGCGGGCAGAGGAGGGGGCUGUUCAUGCUGUGCUGUGUCGAGGUAUCGGUAGAGACCGAGCAGGAAAUCGUGUCGGUCAUCAUGCGACUGAGAGAGGAGCUCCGCGGGUAAGCGAAUAGGCCAACGGGUACACACAGACAUGCCAUGCAAGAUGCCUUGUAUAUUUCCCUCUAGGAUGGAGAAGAAGGCAAGAAAAGCAACUCUCGCCAAGACCCUACCGAUGCUGAUCUUGCAGUCGACGAAGGUAUCACAAGUGGCGCCCAUCGGCUUUGAGGCGCCCAUGGCCGCCCCUCCGGCCAAGCUGCCCUCCGUCCUUGCGAAGACGUUUCCAUCCAGAGUUAUGCAUCUUGACGUUAUCUGCGGACAGAGGUACUCACCGCCACUCACCGACUUGGAACAACUGAUCCUCUGACUCGAUGACCCUUGUUGUUCCAAUUCCCCAGGACGUCGCCAGCUGAGGAGCUGAUUCGGAACGUCGGCGGUGCAAGGUCGAUGGUCUACGCCACCAGAGAGCCGUGCACUGGCAAGACAAGAACGGUGCUGUUUGAGUGCGCAGCGGAGAACGAGGCCUUUUGCACCAUCACACUCAACCAUGACGUUGAUCCGUCGACGCUGCACACUGCCUUCCGGCGGGUCGAGGAGGAGCGGACUCGGGUGGAGAUGUUCAGCAAGAACAGAACGGCUGUGGGGUUCCAUCUAUCGGUGUCCCCGUCAACCAAUGGCAUGGAUCUGAACAACGUACUAUCUCAGCUCGUCUUUGUCGGCCGUCUGGUGACCCCUGGUGGUGACGUCAUCCGCAUGAGGGAAGGCGACCGACUGCACGUCGAACUGCCGUCAAAUGGCGUCGAUGUGAAUGCGACCAUCGCCCACCUUCCAAUCUGUCGUCUGCUUCCGCACCAUGCUGUGACGCCCCAUCUCGAGGCCAAGAUGCCCCUUCUCCUGCCCGUGAUGGAUGACUGCCAGAUGCUCUACAGGGUGAGGGAGGCUGCAGACACCGCAAUGCUCGAGAGUGCGAGGAUGCUUCGUGGCUUCCUCGAUACACUUCCCACUCGCGCGCUGCCGUCCACCUCCCAGCUGGAGCAGGUAAGGAUGGGGAGCACAAUGGAGCUGCUCAUCUUCACUCAUGAGUUGUUGUAUUUUUCCCUCGAUUAGAUGGCGGCAGAGGACGUCGAUGCCACCAUUACUGAGGUGCUCCGGCCUCAAACAAGACUGCAGCUUUACGGCAGAGAUGUGGCGGAUGGUAUAGGUAACGAACCUCGCCUGCUCGAGAAGGUCCGGCUCGUCAAGUUCAUCAGUCCAGCCCUCCGCUCCAUCAUGGCCUUCGACACGCAUAUCGCGAGCGCGAUUGACGCAGGAGAGCAGAAGCUGGUCAGCAUGUUCAAGCAUCUGCUCGCGAAUCUGAUGCUGCGGAGCGCGAUCGAUGUCGCCGCGGCAGCAGUGGAGCCCCCGCCGGGCCUGUCCAGCACCGAGGACGGCUACAUCAGGCGGUUUGACCGGAUGAUGACCUUCCAAGGGUCGCAUCUCUUCUUCGUCAUUCACCACAAGGACAGUGACGGCACCCCACAUUACAACCCCAUCGGUCUGCAUCAGGAGGGCCAGUCGCUGCUGGCGUCAAUCCUGGCAGAGUACCCGCAGGGUCUCAAGGGCACACAGUAUCUGGUGGCGUGGAUGAGGGACAACCUUCGCUUCAGCCCUCAGGAUAGCGAGGCCGUGGAGCGUGAGACGCUCGUGAGUGUUGACAAGGGACGGCGACGCAUCUGGUAAGGAGGGAGCUGAAGAACGAACAAAUCACAAGAACUUGCCUAACACGCCUUCCUCUCCGUCGACACUGCUCAGGGAGUUGUUUCAUGCACCGACACAUCUUCGUCUGCUCGACAGCCUGACGGCCCUCGAAGAGCUGCAGAGAAAAACAGCAGUAAGGAAGGAUGACAGGGCAAUUCAGCGGGCUUACGAGACAGCCAGGGAGGCCUAUGAGGACUUGGUUAUGGGCGAAGUCCUCAUAGGCCUGGAGGAUGAGGACGACAUGCCGACCUUCGAGAGCAUCACGGACAGCGGUAUCGUCAAGCGGUUCCUCAUGAAACAUGCGAUGCUUCCCGAGGUGACAGUGACGCUGGAGAACUUGGUCAGGCUGAUAUCCGUGGAGAUGCGCAUGAAGGCAAGGAUGCCUGUCAUUCUGCAAGGUACACCACAAAGGCAGGCAGGCAGGCAGGCAGGUAGGUGGCAAAAAAAUGUUGUACGGAUGCAGGUGAGACUGGUUGUGGCAAGACACAGUUGGUGCAGUUCCUCUCCAGAAUGCUGGGCGCGUCGUUCUUCGCUGUCAAUGUCCAUGGCGGCAUGAAGGCUGCCGACUUCGAGGAAUACCUCCGGCCGGCCAUCGAGGCAGCGAGAAACGCCUCAGCUGCCAAGAAAGUGUGUCAAGCGAGCCAUGACAUGGAAGGGCAAGAGUGUGCGCCUCAUCGAGUGUGUCCUCUUUGCGCUUUCGUGCUCAGGUGUAUGUGUUGCUUGACGAGGCCAACUCCAGCAGUGACGUGUGGUCCAUCAAGAGGCGGUGGUCGAUGGUUUCCUCAACGGCGUCCGCAUCCCCGAGUCGAUCGCCUUCAUCUGCUGCAUCAACCCCACACGCGCGAAGCGCACCACACUGGCCGAGCAUGAGAGUGCUGGUUUGGACUUGGAGCUGAUGCGCUUCGGAGAGGACGUUGCGUCACCAAAUGGGGCAUCACUUCAUCGACAAGGAAUCAGCCCGUUCGCUGGACUGGCAUACCCCGUGUACGCUCAAAAAGGAAGGGGGAGGCUGGACUGAUCGCCAUUCAUGGCUCUCUGUGUGGUCAGGUACCGUCUGGACGAGAGCAUGAUUUCCUACGUGUGGGACUUCGGCAGUCCGGCUGAGAACGUCCUUCAGCCCGCUGCAGCUGAGGCUGCAUGCCACCGCCGCACUCUCUUUCUGGACAAGUGCAUGGUCACUGACGAGUCGCUGUACGCAGAGGCCAUAUGCGCCUACUCACCCGUGGAGAAGAAGCUGCGGUGGGUGUCAACGAUGAAGAUGCACGUCAGCGACUCGCUGUCCAUCGUUGUUGUCCUCCUCUCAGGUCCGAUGCUGCAUUUCUGGAUGAGCUACGCGCAUUUGGAGGGACCGAAACAUACUGGCGGCACCUCCGCACACUGAUUGUUGCCCUCGGUACGCCACAACGGCUAGACACAGCCGCGAAGCGAUAUCUGUGGUGCGUGUGGCGCAGUGUCGCAAGCCCAGUACUUCGUCCGUCACGAUAUCUACAAAGGCGACACGAGCGCAGUGUCCCUUCGCGACAUCCGCCGAUGCAUCGACAUGAUCCCCGUCAUUCUGGACCUCAUUGACAAGAAAGCUCAGUCCAAGGUGGCCAAGACAGUCGAGACGGGCGGGACGAGGGCCAUGAAGGUGUCGGCGGCACUCCAGACAUCCCUCACCAUCUGUAAGCACGUCCACGGCUGAGCGGGCAGCAGCAGCAACUUGUCUAUUCGUCUUGUUUUGUGCUUUGUAGGCUAUGCAUUGCGUCUGCCGCGCGAGAGGAGGCCAGAGUUUGCGGCUGAGAUGACCAAGACGUGGGAAAGUGUCCGCGGCCACUUUGAGAACACCAACGAGGGCUUCUUCCCGGUGCCCAACACCGAGCACUUCGAGGCGCCCUUCUUUGAGUUGGCUGAGUUUGUUGCUGACCAGCUGAUUCGCCCGUCGGGCAUCGCCCUCAACCACAUGCUGCUCGAGAACACGCUCACCCUGCUAGUGGCCAUCAUCACAAAGACAGCCAUCUUCCUUGUGGUCAGCAACGAGAGGGAACGGCACAGAAGAGGCAGCUGCAUUCGGACGGCCUCUGUUUGUUCAGGGCAAGCCAGGCACGUCCAAGUCGUUAUCAAUGGAGCUAUUAUCGGCCUCGAUGUCCGAUCGCGAGCAUCCCUUCUGGUCCCUCCUUCCAUCGGUGACCAAGAAGACGGUCCAGUGCUCCCCCCUCACCACGCCACAUGCCAUCCUCCAGGCGGCCAACCAUGCUGCCAAGGUCCAACUGCGCGAGUUACAAUCCGACUCGGAGCACACGGCCGUGCUGGUGCUGGAGGAGAUCGGAGGUGGGUGCAACACAUGGUGCAAAAGGUCUGUCUUGGCAUCUCAUGGUCGUUCUGUGUGUCCUGUCCUCUGGUCUCUUGUAGAGACUGUGUUGUCGCCACACAAUCCCUUGAUGACCCUACACGGCCUGAUCGACCAUGGUGGAUGAAAAGGUUGGUCACUAUGCAGCAUCUAUUCGUCUUUGCUGGUCGUGUACAGGCGUCAAUGUGGACGGCAAGAGCGUCAAAAUAGCCAUUGUCGCCAUCUCGAAGUGGAAAAUCGAUCCCGCUAAGAUGAACAGAGGAGUCUUUUUGUUCAGGUGGGUUGCGUCGAGAAGCCAAGGAGAGAGCAGUGUCGACACUGAAUGCUACCUCCCUCUGAUGUGCAGGGGCACUCCAUCUGCGUCCGACCUCUCCGAGACCGCCUUCUCCAUCAUCUCGUCGUCAACCUCAUCCCACCAGCUGGAACUCUACGACCGGCGAAGCGAGUCCCAUUCACGCGUCGACGAGGGUAGGGCUCUGCACUUUGACUCCACUUCUUGUUACAUCCCCACCUGACUUUGUUGCUUUUCGUCAGUUGGGUUCGUUGCGAUCAAUGAGGAGUUGCGUGAGAGUGUUGCGGCCCUUUCGUCCAUACUCGAACUGAAGUUCAACGAUCGAGAGGUGACGCCCUGACCGUACACCAAAAAACGACUCCUUGACCUGACGGUUUUGUCUUGUUUCAUCCUCAAUGCAGUACAAUUGGUACUACGGCAGCCGCGAUAUGUACGCACUGCUGACCUUUCUUCACGGGAGCCUCUCGUCGCCCCCCGGCGGUACUGGAGUGGUGCCUCUCGAUCUCCACCUAGCGCAGUGGGCCAUCGAGCGGGCCUUCGGGGAGAUCCCUGAGUGUGACGGCGUCCCGCAGCCCAAGGACAAGGGCGUCCUGCUCCAGAGCCUGACCAAGGCAUUAGCCAGUGGCAAGACCCGUCGCGAGCAGCCCGCAGCAUGGCAACAUUGCGCCACCAAGGUGGUCUACUGCAACAGCUGUGCAACGGCGCUUCACCAGCUGGAGCGGCGACGUGAGUGGGCCGGCCGCAGCCAGGAUGACGAGACUGAGCGAUCGGAGGCGGAGAGUUUCCUCGAGCGAUUCACGCGUCUCCGCACUCCGAAUCAGACGUGUAAAGGGGGCCCGACUAUGGUCAGCCGCAUCGCUUGGAACCUCAAUGACGAGAAGGCGCGCCACCUCCUGCUCAUCACGGACGGAGCGGCAGGUCAUCUGCUGCUCUUUCAACUGGGCCUGGCGCACUUCGAGUCGACCAAGAUCAUCAUCGGGUCGCAGAGCUCGGACGACGCAGCGCUGCUUCAGGAUCUGCAGAAGAUUCAGCUGGCGAUGCGGACGGGUCAGCUGGUGGUGCUCGUCAACUGCUUUUUGAUCUUCAGCAGUCUGCUGGACAUGCUCAACCAGCACUACAAGGUUGAAGCGGGCCGGCGACUUGCCCGUUUGUCCAUGCACUCGCACUCGCGGUACUUUCCCGUCCACCGGUCGUUCCGUUGUGUGGUGGUGUGCGAUCGGGCUGACCUUAAGCGCCUCACGCCACCUUUCCUCAACCGAUUUGAGAAGGUACAACACAUGCAAGGCACACGCACACCAAUGCUGCCAGACAUUGCUGUUGGUGCCUAUUCGUCAGGUUGAAUUGACCAUGCAGAAGGCCCUGACACUGCCACACGAUUGGCUGAUGAAGGAGCUGCAACACAGGCUGAUCUUACGCAGCAGUGGUGAGGCCCUACAUCUCGGCGAGAUCAUUCUCCCAGGCUUCGACGCUGCCAACACCCUCCAGUCGCUCGUCCUCUCAGUGCUGUCUGUGGCUGACGCAGACCAGCAGAGCGAAAAGGACAGACUGAUGACGAUUGCUAUGAGUCGCCUGGUCUGGGCUGCCCGCACAUGCGCGAUGCUGGAGAUGAUGACCGGACGCAUCGAGUUGCUCCAGAGAAUGACUCGCGAUUCUAGGACAGUGGUGCACAUCAAGGACAGACUUUUGGAGACCUACUUCAGUUGGCAAGUCCACGAUUCCCUCACUGAUGUCCAACUGCGAGGCCUCCAAAUCCUUCUCGGUAGGUCACCACUUGAUGAAUAGCGGGUGGCGUCUGUUGUCACACAAACAUGAAUCAUAUUUGUGUGUGCUGGUCGCAGGCGACAAGACGUGGGCUGCUGGGCAGGACGAUGAUGACGACCUGUGGGCCGAGGAGAAUGUGCCAUGGGGGGACUCCACCGGCCUUCAGCUGUGUGUCCUGACCGAGCAGAGCCAUCGGCUGUGGAGCGCCAAGUCCCUCAAGGGAUACUUCAGUGCAGGACAGUCUGACCAGGCGUCGAGCGUCGAGAGGCGAUUCUUCACAUUGGAUGGCAGCGACGCCAUGGCUGCACUUGAAGAUGAGCUCGACGCCCUCUUCAGUCCAAAGACCGAGAGCUCUUACCUCUAUGUCCUCUGCGAUCAGGCGGCCGUGCCGGAAUCGACCGUCCGCCACGCACUGUUUUGGGCGAGUGAGAAGAGGAAGGCAUUCAAGGCGAGACUGGCUGCCGAGGAGACUUCAGGAGAGGCGGUCGACGUCCCCACAGCCAAUCGUCAUCUCAUCUUCAUUUCUCAACAGCAGGGCCAUAGUCUUGUCUUCACUGCUGAUUGGCAUGUGGUGUAUUGCGACGAAGUGCUGCCGACAGAGCCACUGCGAAAGGCCUGUCCGUCCCUGCGCGAUUUCCUCGACCGUCCAGCCUUCCCUCGGUCCGUGUCGCAAGAGACGAGGGAGGAGGGUGCUUAUGGAGAAGCCGCAGCGCCAGACCCCGACAGACCACGACCAAUCGAUGAGGACGUCUCGCCCCUCGUUUCUCUGUCCCGCGACGUGCCGCGCGACUCUCUUAGCCUCUCGAUGAUGAUUCAGGGUGAGAUCGGUCUUGUGGUGUCGUCGCUUUACUACCCGUCCGACAAAGAAUCUGGACAGCAGACGCGGUCGCGGUCAGUCGACAUCCUGAAGGCGAGGCUCGACAGGCUGGUAGGUCUUCUACAGCUUACCAGCGGCCCAAUGGAUGCCGUCCUGCAGCGAUGUGUGGAGGAGCUAGCUCAUCACAGCGUCUUCCACACAACUGCCAGCUGGCUCGACGAGGCGCAGAAGAUGGCAGUGCCCUCAAAGAGCACCCGAGGCUGGCUCUUUUCGUAUUUGCGGCAUGCCUGUGUGACCACAUUUGUGAAUGUCGUGGCCUUUGUGGAUCGCCACAGCAAUCUCGACCUCCUGGUGCACCAAGAGACGCGGGAGAUGUGGAUGGACCUGUUCCGCUGCCCUGCGAUCUCGGGCUCUGCACAGGUACGUGCAGCACGGAUGGAGCGUGCACGUGGCGCCAUGCAUAUUGUGCAUUAUGCAUGUUUUCCACUUUUCAGGCUGCCACUUUCGCCAAGGACAUCGUGAAGCCCCCAGGCACACAGUUUGUGUCAGUGGAGAACCCCACGAUGCCCACCGCCGAUGGUGAUGAGCACGAGACGACGCAUCCCACUCGACAGCUGGGCCUUGGUGGUGGUGCCGCCUUCAACUCGCAUUACUCUGUGGAGUUCCCCUUUUCGUGGCUCAUCGCACCCGUCGUGCGUGCACAAAUGGAUGUGAUGGAGAGAGGAGCCAACCGUCGCAAGCGCCUCAGGUGACUGAUGGCACAAGCCCAUGGUGCAGACAGGAUCCUGUGACUGAUUGUCCCUCGUGUGUGGGUAUGCAGUGAUUUGACCCACCUUUCCUUCCCAAUGCUGACCGACCUGCCCGUGCAGCUGUGUGUGCGAUAUGUGCGGGACGUCCUGUCGAAUGUGCUACAUCUCGGAGCGAAAGAAGAGACGCUCAAGACGGCACUCGUGUGGCUUGUUUGGGCGCUCCAAUGCCCUGGAGGUGAUGGCAAUGAAGAAGAGCUCGCGGGCUUGAGAUACAUCGAUGUUCAUCUUGCCUUGUGGUAAGCCAGGCAGACUGUAGCAUAUGUCUACACUGAUGCUGGUUGGAUCCUUUGUACACAGGAUCCACGAUCGCCUCUUUUUGGACAUCGUCAAGCUUGCACGAGAGCUCAAGGAAGCCGCCGUCAAGAGGAGUCUCCAGCAGGGGCAACGGGCAGCUCACGAGCUGAAUGCAGCGUCUGACAAGGAGCUUCCGACCUCGGCUCAGGUGUUUGUCAACCUUCUGGGCUGCGAGGCUGUUGCGGCGACCUUUCAAUCCAUCACGGCCAGCACCGGCCAGUCAUAUGGCCUCCUUGAUCAGGAGUUCCCCCUCAGCUACGACGGCCUCAUGCGCGCCUGGUCGAGCCCCUUUGACGCGCCCCUGCAGGACGACAAUUCCGUGUCUGAGGCAGAGAGCUCAUCUGCCGCGUUCUCUAUGGCUGCGAGGCUGCCGAGUGAUCUGCAGUGGCUCAGUGUCCUUUCCCAGACAUGGCAGAGCCUCAAGGGGCACGCCCAAGGCGCCCGCGCCAUCGCACAAGCGAUUGCACGUGCCUUCAAGAAGAAGGUGGAGGAGCUGCGAUGCACCAGGCAACAUUCCAACUUCGGGGAGCAGUUUUACUUCGUGGUCGACCUUGUGGCGCACGUUGCGGCCUCUGCUGACGACACUAGUGAGUUUGACGAGAGCCAGAGGCUCGCCGACAGCUCCUCCCUGCUGCUGGUGAGAGCUUGUCGAGCCCACCUGUCUGGACUUCGCAGCCUUCCAGACGAGGAUCGUGUCGGGGUGCUGCCCCAGGUGCUGCAUUCUGCGCUCGACAUCCUUCUAGCCCGCCAGGAGCCCUUCCGCGACGAGUGGCGUGGAUUGCCUUUCGAAGGAGCCCACGCAGUGCCAGUCAACUCAGCGGUCGCCGCUAGCCUCUUGGGCGCCUUCUUUGAGAUGAUGAAGGACUGUUCUCAUGACCGUGGCAGCCUGGCCAUAGUGGAUGAGAUGCUGUCGUGUGAGAUUGACAAGGAGGCCAACUCAGACGAUGACAGCUUUGCCGUACUGCUGGUGGUGAGCGGCAUCACACACACCAUUCCUAUUGGCGUGCAUGUGUAUAUGUGGUGUGUGUGUGCGUGUGUGUGUGCGUGUCAGCAAUGUCGGAUUGACUGGCUCCAUGCCCAAGAGACAAGCGCAUCACUGCCCGGCCUGCUGCAACAGCUUCCAGAUUUGCUCCUUACGGCGGCGCCGCUUUCAUCAUCUGCGGCCACGCACCCGCCUCAAAGACGAGCGUGCUCUUCCUUUUGGCGGCUGAUGGUCUUCGCCCAUCUGAAGCUCAUCACUCAGCUGGCUGCCAAGGCACUGAAGGGGAUGGUCACCACCAGGCCGCAUCGCCAGCAGCCGAUUGACCAAGAGGCGCUGCGGAACCUCCUGGAUGACCUUUUCGUCCGGCACCUCCGCCCAGCAGAGAGCCUCACACAACUUGAUCUGCAGCGAGACUCCAUCAUCGCCGCCCUGUCUUUCGUUGCCUUCCAAUGCAAUGCGCCUGCGUGUCGGCACUCGCUCGUCAUUCACAUCCUUCGUUCGCUCAGCAACGGCGGGACGGACCUCCAGGGGGCCCGAAGGAUUCUCAAGAGGGCGUCGGAGAGGCUGGACAACCCGGGAAUCACCCGCACAGGGGCUGCGAGGCUCUUCCUGACCCCAUCGGACUCCAAGAAGGCCAGCAUGUUUGCCCUCCAGCCGUGCUUCGUUGCUGCCCGACGCACGCUGAUGGAGUUCGUCAGUGGCGUGCUGCCCAUGCCCCAUGUGGUGGCGCGACUGAUGGGGGCACCAGACGGACGGCAUACCAACCGGUACAGCCAGGUAUUCGGCGCAGUCCUUGCGGCAGUGGACCUUUACAUUGCUGAAUGCCGCCAUGAGCAGCAGCAGCAGCAGCAGGACGACGUUGCGGCAGAGCGGCCUCGUUUGGAUGCUUUGGAGGAUCUCGUGCUCAACCACCUGCACGCGCAGCAGCUCCAGGGCCCCCACGCCAGGGCGUUCAUCCAUCGGUUGCUGAACCGCCAAGAGCUGCAAGGCCUCAUGGCAGGCCCGCUGUGCAGUCUGGAGCAAGCUGGCUGCCUCGAGCCAUUUCUGCUCUUCUGUUUGGGUCUGCUGUGUCUGCCGCAAGAGGCGACGGGGGGAGGGCUGGGGUUCUUCCUGCAACUUUUUGCCCGUCCUGAUGAUGCGACGACACAGUUUCUGCCUGGAGUGGCCCAGAGCAGGUUCCACGAGGCCAUCCGUGCCUUUCCGCCUGCAUUCUGGGUCUACACAUGCCCGAAGCGCCAUCCUUACGUGACUGGUACGAUUGACAACAACAGAGAGGACGACAGAGAUAAAGGCAGGUGCUCAUAGGUCGUUUACUGCUGUUGUGCGUCCAUUUGAAGGUGAGUGUCAUCACAUUUCAAGCCAAGGCACAUGUAUCGAGCCCGGCUGCGGGGCGCCGAUCGGCGGUCUACGUGGUCAGCUCCAGCCCGGGAAUCGGCAGCUUGGGAACGUCCAGUCCGUGCUCGCCAACUGGAACACCUUCAGCUUCCCCGAGACGAAGGGCUACUUGCCCGAACCGGUGGACCCCACACGCACAGAGCGUAGCCUCCACCCGGCCCUCUUCCGUGUCCUUCGCUUCUGCCUCUCGUCCACAUUUGUCAUGGCCUAUGCGGGGACCCAGCCUGACCAAGCUGAGCGGCACGCUGAGGCGAUCCUGACAGACAUUCGAGCAUUGAAGAGGUGCCUGUUUGCCAAUGAUGUGACAAUGGAGAGUACUUCCCUCGCGCUUGUGUCGGCCAUCCAGUUGCUGCUGGACCGGAACGGCGGUCAGGCUGUGCCGGCUGCGGUCCACUGCUGGCCAUUGACCAGCCUCGCUCAGCGACAAGCGCUCGAGCGAGCCCUUGUGCAGUCGAUUCGGGACGAUUUCGUGGGCAGGCAAAACGACCUCGUCGCGCAAGGCCAGAGGGCGGUCCAAGACGCUGUCGAAACGCUGACACGCAACGACAUAGAGGAUGCUGUCCGAGUCGAUCUCCAGUACGUGAACGCGCAGCUGAACCGCAGCAAUGUGGAGCGGCUGAUGUAUCUGCCUCGGCAAGUCAAGUACUAUCCCCCGAUGGACCAGCAAGGCUUCUGGCUGUACUUGGAUUCACAGCCAGACACUGAGGGUCAGUUCGGUGUCCUGCAGUGCCUCAAGCGACACGAACAGGAGCUGCAGCUGCUGUGCUACCUUCCAGCUGUUCUGCGCUUCUUCCACCUGAUGCGGGUGCAUGCCGACAACCGCAUGACGAGCAAGGAGGCAGCGGAUCGCACUCUGGACAGCUUCCUUGACGAGAUCAAGCAGAGCAUGACAGAAGCCCUGCAUCGAGCUGAAAUGGAAAGGGCCGUGGAGGACUUCACGAAGGCAUGGAAGGGAGUGUGGCCGUACGUCAAGCAGUGGGAUUGCGUCAAUUUCGACGAUGGCGGCAAGCAUGCCGCCAUCAAGCGGGACGCGAUGACUAUGGAUCUACACGAGCUGCGCCUAUCGAUGUUUCUGCCCAGCAAGCAGGGUCUCGGCAUAGCGAGCAAAGCCCUUUACUCAACGCUGGCCAUGAAGCAGCGGAGCGUCAUCGAAGACCUCAGGAAGAAGAUGGACUUUGUGCCUCUCUCGCUCGAGGCGACGCCAUUCAAAGUGACGGAGGACGACCUGCUGAUCUUCAGGAGCAGCGAGCAUCUCCUCCCCUUCCUGCCACAUUACGUCCACAGGUAUUUGGAUACGUUCACUUCAGCAGCAGCGAUGAAUCCCCGCUGCGUCCCUCCUCGUUUUGUUUUUCAGAGACUAUAGACUGGAGAGCAGCGGCCCUGUGGAGUAUCGAUUCCUCAAGGUGCUGCAAUCGGAGGUCAUCCAGUGCCUCAGAAUCACAGAAAAGGUGGGGAACAACACACUCAACAGUGCACUAACUACGGCUGCUUGACUUACUGUCCAUAUCAGCCUAUGCUCGCCGCUGAGCUGCCGUCGAUUCGUUUCCUUGACACGCUGGAGGGGUCGCUUUUCUCCGACCUGGACCGCAGAAUCCCACAAGACGCCGCACUGCCCAUUGUGGUGCAACGAGUGAGUGCGAAGACAGCUGCACUUCAACUCGAUGGAUGCGUCUGUCUGCCACGUUGGUUGGUGUCGUCGCCACGUGUCAUCAGGUGUUGAGGGUUGAAUUGAGAGAUGAGUCAGCUGUUCGCGAGAGCCUCUUCCACUUUGUCCACUUCCUCGCCACCAUGUGCCUCCAAACAGGAGCACAAGACAUGCCCCUGUCCGAGUUCGCCUACUCAAGCGGCGAGAGUGGAGACAUCAUGCGGACCUUCCUCAACCAAGACCAGCAAAGGGCGCGCUCUGUGCUGCUGCGGUCCACUGAGCUCCGGUCCCAGCUGCAGCUGAGGCACCUCCGGGCGCUGGCGGCGUCUUUGUGGAGUGGCAAUGUGCAUCACAACUAUAACCAGGCGCCUGUCCCCGACGAGAAGGCGUUUCUGGACCGUCUGAUUGCUGGUCUGUCUGCUGAGGACGAGCGACAGCCGGCCGUCCAGCCGCUUAUCAAUACUCUGCGGCAGAUCGGCCUCGAGCAGCUGGGCAUUGACCGAGUGAGUGCCAUGACGCCGUUGGCAUUCUUCACCAGCGACGUCUUCGACCGGGAGCCCUGUCCAGAUGUGGCCGAUGCGCUCCAAGGGCUGCUCUUGGCUGUCUUUGGGCCCACCCUUCGAGUGCUGGAGGAGCAGCUCAGCGACGAUGCCACCACGGCUGCUCGCGCGAUGGGCCGUGAUGCAGAUGAAGGGGAUGACUCGGGUCACACCGGAGGGGAGGGUGUGAAUCUUGCUGAGAUGUGGGCGGAGCAGGAUGACAAGACCCCUGACACAGCAAGCGAGGUGUCGGUAGCAGUUUCGGCUGCAGUGCCCUCUGUACCGACGCCUCAGCAGCUGACAGCUGAGGUGCCACGAGAGGAACACGCGUCGGUGUCUGGUGCACGAUGGAGGCCUGCGGGUUUGCUGUCGAGGGCUGAUCAUGCCACCUUGCAGUGA